AUGGAGGCAGACCAAGUGACUGCUAUAGGAGCCGACAAAAGCAGCAAGGACUAUACACCGACCAAUUUGGAUACUUCGCCUUGUGAGCCAACUGAGACAUGUCUGAGAUAUUUCCUUCCUGCGAUCUUGACCAUUGUAUUUCUGUUGGAUCUGAUGGGAAAUGGAUUUGUGAUAAUCAUACUGAUGAGCAGGCGAACCUCCUGGCAUCUUGCAGAUUACUAUCUAUUCCAGUUGGCCUUGUCGGACCUCCUUCUUGGUCUCACACUACCAUUUUGGGCUGUCCAGUAUGGCUAUGGUUGGUUGUUUGGUCACGUUCCUUGUAAGAUAUUGGGGGCUCUUUUCAACAUAAAUAUGUAUAGUAGUAUUUUACUGCUAGUUUGUAUUAGUUUGAGUCGUUAUUUCUCUAUUGUCCAUGCCAAGGAGCUUCAUAAAAAGCAGCGUCCCAUCCACAUGAUCCUAAUGUGUAUUUUUGUCUGGGGAGUAUCUUUUUUAUUAUCUUGGCAUGAGUUUUAUUUUCGGGAAGUUGGUAACACAUUGUCCGAUAAAGUGAUCUGCUUAUAUAACUUUAACCCAGAACUUUCAAACUCAUUGAGAAUUGCAUUACAACUUACUGAACUUACAAUUGCUUUCCUUAUCCCAAUGACAUUCAUGUUGUUCUUCUACUCUCGAAUAUUCUGUACUCUUCAAGCGUCCAGAUUAAACCCCUCUAAAAGAUCUCAGUUAGUAAUUGUUGUUCUCCUACUUGUUUUCUUCUUCUGCUGGGCACCAUAUAAAUCUUUGCAGCUAAUCGAUGCUCUUCAAAGAAUGGGUUACAUUGACCGGAACUGCCAUUUUGAAAAGAUGUUAGACAUUGGCCUUGAGGUUACUGAAAUACUGGGUCUUUCUCAUGUCUGCAUAAACCCAAUUAUAUAUGCCUUUGUUGGAGUAAAAUUUAGGAAAGAAAUGUUUAGGAUUUUCAAGAGGUUAUCUAAUCAGGUUACAAAUUCCAAUGUGGUUCCAUCCAGGGAAGGAACAAUCUUUACUGAUCCUUCAUACUCCAAAAUAAUGUAA